CGAAUCAAUGAGCACCUUAUACUUUGUUUCCAGCGAAUCCCAUUCACAAACAAAACCGGCCGUUACAGGGCAGGCCACAGAAUAAUAAUAAUAAUAAUAUACCGCAUCUUCCAAUUUCAACAAGAAUUUUCUUUUUCUUUUUUUUGGUAGCUUCUCCUUGCAUAUAACCCUUUAUCCCAUACUCUGUAAAACCACACGACCGGUUGCUGGCAUAUUAUAGAAAAAACAAAACAUGCAAACGAGUGAGGGUGUGGAGAGCAGCUGCGGAUUCAUGAAGUGCGAGAAGCUGGACAGAGUGGCGAGCUGGGUAGGGACGGGAGUCGCGACGGCUUUUUUCGCGUCACUGGAGCGGUGCUCAUGUAUCAACAUCUCCACGGCGGACUCCGACGUCGAUGAGGAGGCCAAUGAUCGCCCCCUUAUGCUAACCAAAUUCCCUUCUUUCGCAACCGAUGCCUCCUCCCACCACCGGCCCACCGCCGCCACCACCACCACCACCACUGACAAGCUACCUGCUCCUGUUUUUACGGCUGUUUGACCCCAAUUUUGGUAAUUUAUUAUGGAAAUAAAUGUUUUUUUGUUUGUCCUUGCCGGGAGACGUCUACCACUAAGAAGUGGGCUGUGCAUAGUUUGGGGAAAUUUUAGUACGGAAUCAGACCCAUAAUCAUAAAUUUUAGUUGGAGUUAUUUGUAUUUAUUUGUUUUUGAGUCUCAUUCUUAAGUAGCUUAAUUGGGCGGUAGUUAUAUAAAGGGGGAAAAAAGAAAAAAGAAAAAAGAAAAGAAAAGAAAAGGUGAAACAUUGAAAUGAGGUUGAUCUUUCUUUCGUCCAAAAGUCUGUGGGUCCCACAGGGAAUAAAAUCAGAUUUUUUUUCCCCUUUUCUUGGUUUUAUCAGGUGAUGGUGGAUUAUCGAAUUUGAAGUGAAGAAUGAGGAGUGGAUUGUUCUUCAUAUUUUGAUUUUCUUUUGUAAUUUCAGAAAUUAUUUGUAUGGAAACUUUGUGAAUAAUAUUGGUUGGAUCGUUAAAUUAGUUGUUACAUUGUGAUGGUGUUACUUUAUUUCCAUAGUUUAUAUAUAUGUAUCCCAAUUGAUUGGUGCUCACAAAACAAAAGACUAUGUUACUAUAUCGUGUAAUCAGAGACUCAAGUGGGUAAACAUUGUUUGAUUUAAAUUGUAUUGUGAUUUGGGAGAAUGUAAUAAAUUGGUUGCUAGUGUAGUUGGGAAAUGCAAUAUAUAUUAUUUGUGUUUGGGGAAGUGAACAACUUGAACAUUCAUCUUCAUCAUGAUUGAGAAGGAUGGAUGGGGGUGUCAAAGUUUGAAGUUGUGUUAUAUUGAUUGAUAUUGUUGUUCGGUGGCAUGAACCAACUGAAACAAAUACACGCCCACACGCUUAGAAAUGGCACAGAUUUCACCAAAUACCUGAUCACAAACUUGCUGCAAAUCCCAAACAUAAACUAUGCCCACAAGCUGCUCGACAAUACGCCUACCCCAACUCCUUUCCUCUACAACAAACUCAUCCAAGCCUACUCUUCUCACGGCCCCCCUCGCCAAUGCUUCUCCCUCUAUUCCCAAUUCCUUCACCGAUCCCUCUCCCCCACUCCACACUCCUUCACCUUCCUCUUUGCUUCAUGCGCUACCCUUUCCGAUCCUUCCCCAGGCCUAAUGCUCCAUGCGCAUUUCCUCAAAUUCGGGCUGGAUCACGACGUCUACGCCCUCACUGCCUUGGUUGACAUGUAUGCUAAAAUGGGCUUGUUGCGUCUCGCUAGGAAAGUGUUUGAUGAGAUGGAUGGUAAAGAUGUGCCCACUUGGAAUUCUUUGAUUGCGGGGUAUGCCAAAAGCGGGGAUUUGAAGGAAGCCUUGCGUUUAUUCUUGGAUAUGCCGUCCAGAAAUGUAAUUUCUUGGACUGCAUUGAUAUCCGGUUACUCCCAGAAUGGGAGAUAUAGGGAGGCUUUAGAGAUGUAUCUGGAAAUGGAGAGAGAUGGAAGGGUGAUGCCUAAUGAAGUGACCAUAGCUAGUGUUCUUCCAGCUUGUGCAAAUCUCGGCGCCUUGGAGGUUGGACAGAGGAUUGAAGCAUAUGCUCGAGCUAAUGGUUACUUCAAAAAUGCGUUUGUCAGCAAUGCUGUACUGGAGCUGUAUGCAAGAUGUGGUAUAAUUGAGAAGGCAAUGCAGUUGUUUGUUGAAAUUGGUGGGAAUAGAAAUUUGUGUUCUUGGAAUACUAUGAUCAUGGGUUUAGCAGUCCAUGGAAGAGGUGAUGGAGCUCUUGAGCUAUUUAACCAAAUGCUGAGAAAAGGAAUGGCCCCUGAUGAUGUCACCUUUGUGGGGGCAAUUCUUGCGUGUACACAUGGAGGCAUGGUGAAGAAGGGCCGGGACCUCUUCAAUUCCAUGGAGCAAAGAUUUCUUAUUACUCCAAAGCUAGAACAUUAUGGAUGUAUGGUUGAUCUCCUAGGCCGUGCAGGACUACUACAAGAAGCGUAUGAUCUUAUAAAGGCUAUGCCAAUGAAGCCUGAUUCGGUUGUAUGGGGAACUUUGCUAGGGGCAUGCAGUUUUCAUGGCAAUGUUGAAUUGGCCGAGAAAGCUGCUGAGUCACUUUUUGUGUUAGAACCAUGGAAUCCUGGCAAUUAUGUCAUUCUCUCUAAUAUUUAUGCAAAAGCCCGCAGAUGGGACGGAGUUGCUAAGUUAAGGAAGAUGAUGAAAGGCUCCAAUGUCGCAAAAGCAGCAGGUCACAGCUUUAUUGAGGAAGGAGGCAGAAUCCAUAAGUUCAUCGUUGAGGAUAAGUCUCAUCCAAGAUCCAAUCAGAUUUUCACAAUGUUAGAUGAUGUUACAGCUGAGAUGAAACUUCAUGGGAACACGAGUUAUUUGGAUUCCAUCAUUGAUGAAAUAAGAUUGAUGGAAUCAGCUUGAUAUCUUAUGUUUUGAUGUAAUAAAUUGUUUAAAAGCCAUAUCAACUAGUUUUCAAUUUUGUAGCUUAACUUAUGAGAUUUGGUAAAAGUUAGUUAAGGUGGUGUGGGCCUAGUGUGUCGUGUUCGAAUUUCGAUUUGUCAACAGAUACAACUAGUUUUCAAUUUUUUCUCCAGUAAAAGCCUGUGUUUAUUAGGAAUUGUAUAAACAAAUGUUUUAUUGGAACUGCCCAGUUGCAAAAAUAGUAGAGAAAUAGGUAGCUAGGCAUGACAAAUUAACAACCUAAGAUUC